AUUGAGGAAGUUGCGGGGGAGGCGACAGGGUUGGACUGUGCCAGGAACCAGGGGUGGUAGUGGUUGUUGAGUCCUUGCAUCCACUGGCCAUUCUUCUGCUCACCUGCCGUUUCCGUUCGUUUGACCGGCUGGCCUCUUUCCUGCGAUUAUUUUUUCCUAUUCCCUUUGCCAUAGUUCUUUCCCCCCAUUUCCUCAUUUUCUUAUACCUGGCUCUCAGACACCUUUCCUCUGCAUUUUAUUUCUUCAUAUAAUUCUUUCUUCUUCGCUCCUUCCCGGGACUUUUUCGCUUCUGCUGCCUUCUAGUCUCUCCCUUAAAUUUCACCUCGCAAACUCUCACCCUCGUUUACUUUCUGCAGAAAAGUUAUGCCGCCUUGCUUCUUCAUCCACGUUGUUGCAGGGCACUUUUUAAAGAUGCUGAAGCCCCAUAUCACAGACUCUGGUCUGUGAGAUGCUACGCUGUCCUUUUGCAUCGCCCGUUUUCUGUCACCGAUUUUUGCUGAGCGCGUAGGUUAGGGGAUGAAUACGACAAAAACCGUCUCUGGGGGACCUGUUAGUUUGCCUCCCUUUUUACAAGAAGACAUCUGUGUUGGUGGUUCUGGGCCUACCCAGCGCAAGGGUCCAAUCACUCCAUCCCCUCAGUUGCAGUCCAUCGCACCGUUCAGUAGGGAAAUCAGAGAAAACACUGGGAUUCAGGUGUCUGUAAUUCUGCCGGUUUACAAUGCUGAUUGCUGGCUGGAUGAAUGUUUGAAGUCUGUUCUGGAGCAAGACUUCCAAGGUUCCAUUGAACUCUCUAUUUUUAAUGAUGCUAGUACGGACAAUUCAGGAAACAUAACAGAAAAAUGGAAAGCUGUUUUGGAAGAAGCAGGUAUUCAGGUGGUACUUGGAGGAAAUUAUUCAUGUCAGCCACGAGGAGUGGGCUUUGCUAAAAACUGUGCAAUAGACCAGAGCUCGGGGACCUAUCUCUGCUUUCUGGAUUCUGAUGAUGUGAUGAUGCCCCAGAGAAUAAGGCUGCAGUGGGAAGCUGCUAUUCAGCAUCCAAAAAGUAUUAUAGGUUGCCAAAUCCAGAGAGAGCCAGCAGAGGCAACUGAGCGAUACACUAGGUGGAUCAAUAAUCUAACAUAUGAGCAACUUCUUACUCAGAUUUUUACUUCUCAUGGACCAACUGUAAUCAUGCCAACUUGGUUCUGUUCCCGAGAAUGGUUUUGUCAUGUGGGCAAAUUUGAUGAAGGAGGAAAGGGCACCCCAGAAGACCUGUUGUUCUUUUAUGAGCAUCUCCGUAAAGGUGGUGGAGUCUUUAAAGUCAACCAGUGCCUCCUCCUGUACCGUUACCACCCACAGGCAGCAACUCAUUCAGUUCUAGAGGGAACCAUCUGGACACACCGUGUCUUGUUUCUAGAAGAGAGAAUCCUCAGUCACUGGACACUCUUCACCAUUUGGAAUGCCGGCAAACAAGGCAGGAAGCUCUUUAGGAGUUUGUCUCCAGCUAAUCAGAAAAAAGUGGCUGCGUUUUGUGAUGUGGAUACAAAUAAAAUCUCAAAAGGAUUUUACACUUAUGAAGAAUCUAACGAAAACUCCAAACCCAGAAUCCCUGUUCUACAUUUCAGAGAUGCUUCCCCACCUUUCAUUAUUUGUGUGAAAUUGGAUCUGACAGGUGGGCAGUUUGAAGAAAACUUGAAGCUGCUAAAACUGAAGGAAGGUCUGGAUUAUUAUCAUUUUAACUGAAGAGUACACUGGAAGGUUCUCUAUCAUGAAAUAAACCAGAGGAAACACA